AAUUGGCAUAGAUGAACAUGUGGUGGUUGUGGGUGAUGCAAUAUCUGUUUACAUGUUAAUUAUAAAUAUUUUCAUAUUUUAAAAUUGUAAUAAUGGCAAAGAAUUCUAAUAAAACAGAGGAAAAUAGAAACAAGUUUAUAAAUGAUAUUAAGCAGGGAAAAGUAUGGGGUUCGUAUGACAUAGCAUUUAACACAGUCAAUUUGCUGAAGGACGUAAUUGUCAAUGGAGACUGGCAAACGGCACAAGAGCUCAUGGUACUGAUCACUGCAGAAGGCCGGAAGCUAACCAGGUCACUUCCAAUGCAAGCGUCGGUAGGAAACAUGGUGAGACGGGUCCUGAAGAUAAUCCGUGAGGAAUAUGUAGCCACCCAGCAGAACAAGCAAGAGGAUGUAGAUGCCCAGGAGUCGCUGCAUAAGAUUGUCACAUCAGAAGGGGAUGUGGUAGAUGACUACAGCAAGCUACUGCCAGAUCUCCGCUCGUCCAUCAUGGAACACAUUGGAGAGUUUGAAAUGGAGCUGGAAACAAGUGCUGACAACAUUGCUCAGCAAGCAAGGCAGCACAUCCACUCAAAUGAGAUUAUCAUGACUUUAGGGAAAUCAGCAUCAGUAGAAGCCUUCCUUAAAAAAGCUGCUACAGAGAGGAAAUUUGAGGUCAUUGUUGCUGAAUGUGCACCCUUUUGUCGAGGUCAUGAAUUGGCUGUCAGUUUAGGCAAGAGCAAGAUCGAGACAACUGUAAUAGCCGAUUCUGCCAUAUUUGCAAUCAUGUCUCGAGUCAACAAAGUCAUCAUUGGAACGCACACUGUCAUGGCCAAUGGUGGCCUACGAGCAGUAUGUGGAAGCCACAUUGUCGCCUUGGCUGCUAAACAUUAUUCUGUCCCUGUGAUUGUGUUGGCACCAAUGUACAAACUGAGCCCACAGUACUUAUGCUCAUAUGAUCAGGAUGCAUUCAAUAGUUUCGUGUCUCCAGAAGGUGUCCUCAAAUACUCAGAUGGUGCAAUUCUGUCAAAGGUUCACGUGUACAACCCAGUGUUUGACUAUGUUCCCCCUGAACUUGUCACACUGUUCAUCUCCAACACGGGAGGACAUGCGCCAUCAUAUGUAUAUAGGUUGCUGAGUGAGCUGUAUCAUCCGGACGACCAUGACUUGUAAUUAUUUAUUCUUACUGUAAAAUGGAAAGCUGUAAUAAAUGUGCUCCAGCUGCUUGAGCUUUCAGAAAAAUU